UUUACCAAACACCCUAAUUCAAGAACACGUAACGGAUCCAUAAAUCGGUCCAGGAUGCGGCCUGCCUAGCUCAGAUCAUAUCGUACCAUCUAUCCACGGCGAGCACCGAGCACGAGGCUAUGAAGAAGCCGGCCGCCGGAAUGGCGCCUCUUCCUCCGUCGCCGACCAAGAGCAAAGCCGGCACCGGCAGCGGCAGCCCGAGACUGCUUCACAGCGUCAGCGGCGAGUGGAGCGUCGUGGUGCGGCGGAACGUCAAGUCCUCGCUGCUGCUGCUGCUCGUGCUCUCCACCUUCUUCGUCGUCUCCGUCCUCCGCUCCUCCCGGAGCUUCGCGCCGCCGCCACCGGCCGCCGCCAGCGAGGCACAGGCACUGACGCCGCAGGGCGAGACUGUUCCUGGCGACGACGGCAGAGGUGAUGAUCAAGAACAGAUCAGUGACGCUGCAGGAAACAAUGUGGCAGCUGAACGCGAACGGAGCUCGUCUGCUGACAUCUCGCUGCCAUCGACGAACUCAUCAACUGAAGCAGCAGCAGCUGCUGCUCCAAGUCAUGCCGGUAAGGUGAAAUGUUUACUCGCGAAAAGCGUACGGCGUUUAACUUUUUCUCGGUGUUUGAUAAUGUGGUUAAUGGCAGGAUCAGUGGACAUGGAGGAGAAAUGCGACAUGUCGAUGGGGAAAUGGGUGAGGGAGCCGAAGGGCGCAGUGUACACGCACAUGUGCGCGACGCUGGCGGAGUACAAGAACUGCCAGAAGCACGGCAAGGAUCCUGGCCACCUCUACUGGCGGUGGCAGCCCGACGGGUGCGACCUGCCGCGGUUCUCGCCGGAGCGGUUCCUCGCCGCCGUCCGCGGCAAGCGGCUCGCCUUCAUCGGCGACUCGCUGGCGCGCAACCAGAUGGACUCCCUGCUCUGCCUCCUCUCUCAGGCCGAGACGCCGAUGGAGGUGUACGCCGACGGGCACGACAAGUUCCGGACGUGGCGAUUCCCGGAGCACGACUUCACGCUGAUGGUGAUGUGGACGGAGUUCUUCGUGCACGCGGAGCCGGUGGUCGGCGCCGAGGGCGAGCCGACGCCGUCGUUCGACAUCCACCUCGACAGGCUGAGCGCCAACUGGACACGCCGCCUGCCGGAGCUCGACUACGCCGUCAUCUCCUGCGGCAACUGGUUCAACCGCCCCAACUACCUCUGGGAGGGCGGCCGCCGCGUCGGCUGCGUCAAGUGCAGCGAGGCCAACCUCAGCGACGUCGGCGUCCCCUACGCCGUCCGCCGCGUGGUGCGCGCCGCCGUCGAGGGCAUCGCGCGGUGCCGGGGCUGCAGGAGCGGCCUCGUCGCGUUCCUGCGGACCUACUCGCCGGACCACUUCGAGCACGGCUCCUGGUUCAACGGUGGCUACUGCAACCGGACGCGGCCGCUGGAGGAGGCGGAGCUGCGCCCGGACAGCGCCGCGUGGGAGCUGCGGAGGGUGCAGCUCGAGGAGGUGAGGCGGGCGAGGAAGACGGCGGCGGCGGCGAGCGGCGGCGGGAGGAGGUUCGAGUUGCUGGACGUGACGAAGGCGAUGAUGAUGCGCGCCGACGGCCACCCCGGCGCGCACAUCGACCCGAGGUGGCAGAGGGCCAUCAGCGACUGCCUGCACUGGUGCAUGCCGGGCCCCGUCGACAUGUGGAACGAGCUGCUGCUCCGGAGGAUCACCGAGAUCUCGCCGCCGGCGGCCGCGAGGUGAACCGUGAACGACGGCGCCACACAUGCGUUGUCGUGGCAUCCUGUCUCGUCCAGAUUUUAGACCGAAGUUUUCAAAGCCAAAUAUAUCAGAUGUUCUCGUUCCAGAAUUUGAAGAUGACCAAAUUAUACUUCUGUAUAUAUGUAUAUGUAACCUCUCCAUUCAUGGAACUAAUGAAAAGGAAGCAAUUACUCAAGUGAAACAAGAACGGAUUUUCAUCA